UCAAUCACAAAAGAGUUCCAUCAAUGACGUGUUGUUCUGAACACUGAUGGCAGACAAGGGGAAAAAGGAUUCUACACCACCCCCUCUGCUGCUUAUGCCAGCAGGAGGGGGACUCACGUUAAAUCCUCCAGACCAACCAAAUGUUUUAAUGCCAGUUAUUCAAUCUGAACCUUCAUUAUUCGGAUCAGAUGAAGAAGGAGAAGCCGAUAGUUUUGUUGGACAGACUCCGCCACACGGUCACCAUAGUGCCCCUCAUGGCACCCCAUUCAGCCACUUUCAGCAUACACCCUCUGGGUCAGACCCCUUUGCUCAUGUAGGUCACAACCCAUUUCCCUCUCAGUCUACACCGAGGAUGCAGACCAGUGUGGCCCCGCCCAUUCCUCCACCAACGUUUGCUUCACCUUCACCUGCAGGCCCCCCUACAGGUCCUCCAGCUGGAAAUACAUUCAGAAAAUCAGACGGAUUGAGAAAAUUACAGUAUGCACAGAUGCCACAGGGAACAUAUGCCCCCUCUGCUGGGGGCGGGGGAGCACAGUUUCCGGGCCCUCCGGCAGCAGCUUCACAGUCUGCACCCUCCAUGUUUAAUCCCCCUCCAGUGGCUCAGGUCCCUCCUACAAUGAAUCAGACCUACCAGCCCCCACCUUCCCAGACACCUAUGCCUCCCAAGCCCAACUUCACUGCAAUGGUCCCUCCCCCCGGGAGUGGACUCCCAGUAGAAGGGAGUGGUAUCUACAUUCCUGUACAGCCUCAUUGGUGUUUUUGUAAAAGAGUGGAGACACGAGACAUCUGGUACCCUUUCUCUCUGAUGGACAGUAUGAGACUGGAAGAGGCAUUAAGAUCUGGUAAGGUGUCUGACCAGAUUCCGACAGAUGGGGGACGUUAUGAUGUUAUCUUGUCAGAAAGACAGAGGUCAGCCGUCUAUUGGGAAGAAGAACCGAACGCCAUUCGUCGAUGCACUUGGUUUUAUAAGCGUGAGGGAGAUAACAGAUACGUGCCAUAUGAGGAGAACUUUGCACAGAAGCUAGAGGAAGAGUAUAGGAAUGCCUUGCAGUAUAAUGUCUGGCACAAACGCCUUGAGUUCCCAGGGGGAGAAACUAUUGUCAUGCACAAUGCAAAUGUCAUUGUACAUUUCACCGCUUCAUCUCAGCCUGAUGAUUGGGGAUCCACACAGGGUCACUCCACUUCAGUGGGAGAAGGGAUGCGACCUAGGGUUGUAAAGAGAGGAAUAGAUGACUUCCAGUCAAUCAGUGAUGGUGAACCCAUACAGGUAGAUCACCUUAUAUUUGUCGUUCAUGGCAUUGGGGAUUUCUGCGAUGUUAGAUUUAGGAAUAUUAUCGAGUGUGUGGACGACUUCAGAUCUAUUUCCCUCUCUCUGCUUAAUUCCCACUUUAAGACGUACGUGGACCAAAAGCGCAUUGGUCGUGUGGAAUUUAUUCCUGUUCAGUGGCAUUCAGCUCUGCACGGAGAGGGCACCGGGCUAGAUAAACGUUUAAAAGCUAUCACACUGCCCAGCACACCCAAGUUACGUAACUUUGUCAAUGACACUCUAUUGGAUGUCCUCUUCUACACCAGUCCUACCUAUUGUCAGACAAUAGCCGACCAAGUAGGCAAUGAGAUGAACCGACUGUAUGAGCUGUUCCAGGAGAGGAACCCACAGUUCCAGGGCACUGUGUCUGUGGCAGGCCACAGUCUGGGGUCCUGUGUGUUGUUUGAUCUACUGAUGCACCAAAAUGAUGCUACUGACCAGACUGCAAAAUCAGCUGUGAACAGUGAACAGGCUCAGCAGACUAAUGGAUUAGUGACACCGAGUUCGUUAAAUACUUCCCUUGUCACAGAAACCAAUGAGUUAGAAGAAGAGGAGACAACUCUGGAGAAACUCCUUAGUCGAGUGGGUCUACAGGACAAGGUGUCCACGUUUGAACAAGAGCAGAUUGAUCUGGAUGCACUGACAAUGUGUACAGAGAGUGAUCUGAAAGAUCUUGGACUUCCUAUGGGACCAAGGAAAAAACUACAGGGAAUUCUGAAAGAAGAACAAGCGAAAAAGGAGAAAAGAAAGCAUGACAAGGAAAGAAGAGCAAAGGAGGCUGAGGAGAAAAGAAUCAGGGAUCAGGUGGCUGCUGAAAUGCAGGAGGCAAAGGCUGCACAGGGCAGGUCACUAGUUCAGUCUGGUUCGAGUGUGUCAGUAGAGUUUCUGUUAGGUCCUGCAGGGACAGGCCAGCCCUCAGUCCAGUAUCCAAAACUUGACUUCAAGCCCAGCAUUCUGUACGCCCUAGGGUCUCCGAUCGGGAUCUUUCUCUCUGCUAGGGGUGUGAAUAACAUUGGGGAAGAUUUCGCCUUACCUACAUGUCCCAGAGUGUUCAACAUCUUUCAUCCAUUUGAUCCGGUGGCUUACAGGCUGGAACCAUUAGUCAAUCCAUCAGCCUUUCAUGUGAAACCAGUCCUCAUGCCUCACCAUAAAGGCAGGAAAAGAUUUCAUCUAGAAUUGAAAGAGAGUUUGACUCGAGUGGGAGCUGACAUAAAGCAGAAAAUUAUGGACUCACUCAAGAGUACUUGGAACACGAUCAAUGAGUUUGCCAAAGCUCAUCGGAACCAGGAUGAGUCUCUAGAGCAACACGUAGACUCGCAGAUGUCAUCUGUCAUGCAGGAGCUGGAUGAUGAUCAGUCAUCAAUAGCUUCCAGUCAGCAGGAAGAAAUCUACAUGGGACAGCUGAACGAGGGCCACAGAAUUGACUAUGUCCUUCAAGAGCGACCCAUUGAAAGCUUUAAUGAUUAUUUGUUUGCUUUGUCUAGUCAUGGAUGUUACUGGGAAUCGGAAGACACUGUGUUGUUAGUCCUAAAAGAACUGUACUCCCCACAAGGAAUGUCUCCUCAGAUGCCUGGGCCAGAAGGAGCGGUGAAGCUGUACAACACAGCAGCACCCCCACCCCGGGGACCUGUCCCGAUGUCACAGUAUCCUCCUCCCCCUUCCAAUCAACCGAUGGGAGUCCCCUUAAUGUCCCCCCCUUCACAAGGUCCCCCACAAAUGAGGACACCAAACAUGAUGCCCCCCAGGGGCCCCAUGCCAUCUCCUCACAUGAACUUGGGCAUGAACUCUGGUCCCCCUUCCCAGCCGACUAGUGUUGGACCCCCUCCUCUCGCUGGAUUUGUCAAGCCUCCACAGAAAUAGAUCAAACAAAUGCUUGCAUGACAAGUGUCGGAACAAGUGAAACCCGAAGCAUUAUCAAACUUUUAUAACUUAAAAAAAACAUAUUGUAAAAAAAGGCUGCUAUAAAUAAGCGGAGCUUGAUAACAUGCAACAACUAGACUGUGAAAAUGGUUCCUCCUGAUUUUAUGAAUAGUGUGCUUGCUGUUAAAUGGAAUUUGCAGGGAUUGUGCAGGGUUUUUAUUUUGACUCUAUAAUAAUUACUUUGUAUGUGCAGAUAAUUUAAAGCAGUGCUUUGUUGCAGCUGAAAAUGUAUUCCAAGGUGUUGUAAAAACCACUAUUAAUACAUGUAUUCUGCACAAAACCACUGUAAACAGAGAUUAAAUUAUGAAAAAAAAUGUUAUUUAUUUUAAAGUUUUAAAAUUAAGUUGUAUUCACAUUUUAAAGAUUUCUUGUAUAUACAUGGCAAUACAUGGAACUAUUGCAAUUGCAUUCUGUACAUGAUUAAAAGUAAAUGGUGCUGUGAGCAAA